AUGAUUUGUUAUUAGGAAAAAGAAAAAUAAGUUAAAGAAUUCAAUCAAAAUCUAUCUUUAUUUUAUAUAGCAAGAGGGUAGCAGUAAUUACAAGUACUUAAAUCAAUCAAACAAAAAGUAAAAUUAAGAAGAAGAAUAAAAGAGGGAAAACUUAAAUAAAUUUUAUAAAGUUUUGUUGUAUCCGAAAUCUCUGAUCAGAAGCAAGUUAAACAUAAAAGUAUUUAGAAGGUCAUAAAAGACGUGGUAGGUGAAAUAGGAGUCAUACUUAGUUAGGAAACAGUGAAGCAAAAGCUAAAAUAAGUAGAGAAAUAAAUGGAUCAAGCAAAGCAAUUUUCAGAUAAAAAAAAGAAAGAAAUACCAAUUAUGAAAUAGAAAGAAUCAAUUUUGUUACAAAGGUCAAAUGAAAGCAUAAUUUUAGAGUAAAAGCAAAAAAAUAUAAUAUUCACUAAAUUGCCAGCGAGGUUGGUCAAUAUUAUUUUGGAGAUGCUUGAUCCUAACGAAGUGCCUGUCCUCAGGUGUGUUUGUAGGUGGUUCAAAGAUUAUAUAGAUUCAAAUGAUAAUUUAAUAGCUAUACAAGUUUUUUCUUUAUUUUUUCCUAAGCAAGUUGAUUUUUUUUGUGAUUAUGGCGAAAACGAUAUAUUUUUGCAAGAGCGAGCCAAAAAGAACUAUAUUAUCUCUCAUAAUACUCGAAACCAGAGUAAAUGGAGGUCAUUUUUGAAGAUUUACAGGGAUGUCAGAGAGAGUUUUCUUGCUGUUAACUACAAGAUAUUUUUAUUUGGAUAGGAGCAAAAAGAAAAGCAGUAGAACAAAGAAUAAACAAAUUAAAAUAAUUUAUUAGAUUAAAAAAAUAAUUUUAAUGGCAACCCAAAUAAAGCUGUUUCAAAGCUUGGAGGUUUAGCACCAUUACCAUUAGAUAAUGACCUAGACGAUUCAACUGAUUAAAAAGGAACUGGUUUUGAUUUUGAUCAAUUUGGUUUUAAUGCAAGUUCUUCCUAAUAAGAAGACAGUAGUAAAAACAAAUUUGGAGAUUCUUAGUUUAAAUUUAACAUGUAGGAUCAGGAAAGCGGAGAAAGUCAGAAUACAAAUUAACAACAGCCUUUAUUUAAAUUUAAGUAAUCGUAGGAUUCUGAUAACGUAAACAGUAGUUAAAAUACAGAAAAUUAAGAUGUUUGCAGCAUGGAUUUUUCAAAGCAUAAAAUUUAAGCAUAGAAAAUGUCGUAGAUAACUUCAAAAUAUAUUUGGGGAGUUCUCAAAGAUCCACCUCUUCCUAUUUUGAAAUUGAGGAGAGAAAACAUUGGUAAUUAUUGCAAUACUUGGUUUUAGAAUAAGCUAGCUGAAGUUUUGUGGGAGGGAUCAAGGCAAAUUGGAAUUGGAUUACAUAAAUUCACAGAAGAGGAGCAGCCUCUCUUAUCAAUAAAUAAUAUCAUCCGUGAUAACAAAUAGUAUUUUAUUGAUGAAAUAAAGUAGUUUUGCGAGAAAUGGCCAUUCCAAAAAAAUGAAAUUUUGAAUUUAAGAUACUACUUCUAUAAAAACAAGCCUACUUUCUCCUAUGUUAGUAGACAAACCAAAAGAAAACUAACAGGUUCUUUUAACAAGCAAACAAGUCCUCGAAUUUUAUUUACAAAGCCGAGUAGAAAUUUAUCUACCAUGGAAGAUUAAGGAUUUACAAACAUAUUAGGUACCAAUAAAAGUUUCCAAAGUUAAAUAAAUACGAAUUUAGCCACAUAAAAUUCCAAUCCUAAUCCUGUCGUAUUUAAUUUCUUUGACAACAAUAACAACAAUAACCACAGUAACAGAGAUAGUUUAGAUCAAUAUUCUUCUCCAACUAAACCAUAGAUAGCACAACAGAAUAGCUAAGGGUAAAAAGGUCUCUUUGAUAAUAUAUUCCAAUUUGCACAUAAAUAGCCAGAUCAAGAUAAUGACUUUUUUACUGACCUAGAUUUAGAUAAUUAAGAAGAAGAAAAUAAUUAGUUUUAGGAAAAUGACUACAUAAUGCAGAUGAGAUAAAAACCCUUACUUAUAUGCUUUAUUGAGAAUUUAGUAGAUUUAUUUAUUUUCAAGUGCUAGCUGAUUUAUGAGUAUCUUAAGGAGCACAUGAAUGGCUAAAAUGUUCAUGAAUCAAGCGGUAUUAAGAAAAAUGGGUUUGAUUUACUUAGUGAGUAUAAUAUUAAAUGGAAUAUCUACAUAGCUUUUCUGAAUGAAAUAGAAGAACAAUUAAAGGAUGUUUUUGAAGUAUAUAACGAAGCUUUUGAUUAAAUUUUUGAAGACUAUCCCUAGCAUCCUAGGAUGAGUAUUUGGCGUUUAAUGGUAAAGAUUUGGAUUUAAGAAAUAUACUCCAAAGAUGAGAUUAAAGAGAAUCUAUAUGGAUGCUUUUUAAAGAUUCUGUCUAUAAGAAGAUAAGAAAAUUUCUAAUUUUAAAUGAAGCAAAUUGAAUUAGACAGAAAGGUUCAACAAUAAUAUUACAUGCCCGAUUAACUUGAGUAUAUUUCGCUAACUCUUUUAAAUAACUUAACUAAAAAUAAAAAUUUUUCUCUUUUGAAUUAUGGUGAAGGCUAUGAUUAUUUUCAUUCAUUUUUCUCUAAAAAUUAAUAUCAUGCUGAUUCGUUGCUAAGUAGCUUUGUUGAGAGCACAGUCGAUUUAUCUUUGAAUGAAAUUUCAGUUCACUAUUUAGGCCAUUCUCAAGUUUAAAUGGAUAAACCGUAUUUAGAGUUAGAAAAGCAACUUCUUGAUUCCUCUUAAAUAUAUUUCCGCCAUUAAUAGAGCAUGUUCUUGUCCAAUCCCAGUAAUUAUUUGCUCUUUUUAAAAGGAGAUUUGAAAUACGUUUCAAAAAUCUUUAAGGAGAGAAGUUAAACUCUUCUUAGGAAGAAAAUGCUUGAACACUGGAAAGAAAUGUUUAAAGAUAUAAUAGCAUAAAAAUUACCCAAAUAAUUUGAAUUAUUCAAUGAAAAAGAUGAAAAAACAAAAAAUUUAAUCCAGCAACAUGUAAAGUAGCAAAUACAAAGUUUAAAAAUCUAAUAAUAGAACCAAAUUUAAAGCGAUAACAAUUUAGCACAACCUCUACUGGCUCAACAAAAUACACAAUCUUAAGAUGGCGAAGAUCAGAGUUAGCAGCUUUAAGCAAGCAAUUUAUCGAAUUAACAAAAUGAAGAGCAGCCAAAUAGAUAGUCUAUCUUUUCAAAUGACACUCUGCCUUCUCUAAUAUACUAAAUUUUAGAAGAAUAAGAACUUAAAUAAAAAUAACAAGAAUAAAUUUAAAUUGAAUUGAAUUCCAAAACUAAUUCUGUUGAUACUCAUUAGAUAUUGCUACAAAAAAGUAAUAACAACAGCAAUAGUACUAAUAACAACAUUUUUAAUUGCUCAAAUGAUUUAUUUUCUAUUGAAAAGAAAGGAGAUUUCUUCGAUUAAUAAGCUUAAAGCAAUAAUUAAAGUAACUUCUUUGAGUGCAACAAUAACGAAGAUGAUUUACCAGAGAUUCCAGGUAUUAACAAUAACCCAGUAAUAGAAAAGAAAGAUAUAAGUACUAGAAGUAACCUGACAUAAUAAAAUUUAGGUUUUUCAAGUGAAGAGUUAGAAAAAAUACAAGAAAAAGCUCAUAUUCUCUCACACAUGUUUAGGAUGGGUGAUGACUAAACUAAGUUGGAUAUUUAAAAUUACAUAGAAACAUGUAAAUCUUUAAAUGAGAUGAACACAAGUAAAUCAGAUUAGGAUUUGGAAAUCGAAGAGCUUAAUAACAUGCGCCGCUUACCUAUUGUUUUAAAUAAUGAGGAAUAAACUUUUUUCUUUUUAACUAGAUCUUUGACAGAAGAAGUUCUUUAAGAGACCAUUUUAAAGUAAAAAGAAUUCCUCAGACAGCAAAGAGAAUCAAAUAACGAUGGAGAUUCUGAAGAAGAUGAAGAAGAAAAUGAACAUCACGAAAAUCAGCAUUAUAGUGGAGAUGAAGAAGAAGGUGAUGAGCAUGAGUAAAGCAACGGUGAGCCUUAAUUGAAAUUCGAUGAUGAUGAAGAUGAUGAUUCAAACAACUCAUUAGAUGAAAUACCUAAUUCAUUAAGCUUAAAAGGAAAUAAAACCUAAAAUAAACCCAAAAAGAAUAAAGCGAAAUAGAAAGUGGAAUAAGACAUUCCUGUUUAUAAUUCAGGCGAUGAGUCAGAUUCGCACGUUGAUGAUACAACAACUGCAGGAAAUAUAAACUUUUUUAAUGUAAAAAAAUAAGAAAGUAAUGCAUCUGACUUUUCUCUGGGCUUAGACAAAGAAACUUCUAGGAUAUCAAAUCAUUUCUUAUUUAACGAAAACCUGACUUCGAACUAAAAGUAAGAACAAGAAGAUAAAAUAUAAUUUAACUUUGAUAUAAAUAGCACAAAACAGGAAGAAGCACAAUAAUAAUAGCAACCAAUGAAUUUUGACUUUUUCAAAUUGGAAAAGCAAAGUAGUGCUCCUGGAAAUCAAAUCAAUAUGUUUACAUUUAAGCUUCAAAGCAAUGAUUAAAUCAACAUUAAAGCUAAUAAAAAAUCUCUAGAUGACGAUUAAGAGCAUAACUUUUUUGCUAAUUGCACUCCAUCAAUGUCGUAGAACAAUUAAAAUAACAGCAAAAAUUCUAACACCCAAAUAAAAGUAGAUUUAUUCUCAAAUAUUUCGAAUAAUAAUAACAACAAUGAUAACUAGUUUACAAUAAAUUUUAAUAACAAUAUUACUCAUAAAAACAACACAACUUCUCCCUCAAUAAAUAGUUAAAAUAUGUUUUUCAAUUUGCUUAACAAUAUAAAUAAAGAUAAUAAUUCAGAAGAAACCAGUAGCAAUAAUAAUAAUGAAGAAGAAGUUAAAGAUUAAUCUUGA